AUGAAAGUUUCACUUAAAAUCUUUGCCCUAUUGGUCAUAACAACAGCUGUUGCUAUUCACACAGCCAAGGCUGCUAAAUUUUUGGCAAACAAACCUGAUUUUUUGAUACCCUGUCAUUUGCAGGAUCCAAAUUUUAACAAAUGUUAUGCCAGAAACUUUGAAGGAAUUUAUCACGAGUGGAAAGAUGGUUUACCUGGUUACAAGGAAGCUGGCUCCUAUGAUCCUUUAUAUGUAAACCGUAUUGUUAUUGCUCAGGACCCCAAUAAUCCGGUUGCUUUAAAUGCUGAACUGAUUAAUCUGAUUAUAACAGGUGUCAGUAAUAUGCAAGUGCAAGAUGCCAGUUUCAAUCCAAAAACCUUGAAAUCAAAACUUAAAUUGUUUGUGCCAAAAUUACGUUUUAAUUCCGAUUAUAAACUAAAAGGGCGCAUUUUGAAUUUGGCUUUGAAUGGCAAUGGCAAGGCUAUAAUUGAUAUCGAUAAAAUCGCCAUGGUCCUAAGCAUACAACUGAAGUUACGUGACGAAAAUGGCUUUACAUUUACCGAUAUCGAUAAAUUACACCUGCAGAUUCCCGAUAUUGGUGGUUUUAAUGUAAAUUUCGGUAAUCUUUUCAAUGGCCAAAAGGCCCUGGAGGACAGCACAAAUGCUGUGUUCAACGAUAAUUGGCGUGAUUUUUAUGAAAUUUUACGACCCGCUAUAACCGAAGCCGUUCAAUUCAUCAUGCAUGAUCGUUUGUCCAAAGCAUACAGUUAUGUGCCGGGCAAUUAUUUCAUUGCCGAUUUACCAAGUGCUGCCCAGCUUAGAGAUUUAUAUUUACCGAAAUAUGAAUUUGUUAUUCGGGCUGUAACAAACAAUAGAAGGUCGUGUCUUUGCUUUAGACUCCCUCCUACAAUUCAACAUAAACUCCCAAAGAAGGACAUAUUUUCUAAAGCAUCAGCAUACAAAAACUAUAAAAACAGGAACAUUUACAUAAUGAAAGUUUCACUUAAAAUCUUUGCGCUACUGGUGAUAACAACAGCUGUCACAGUUCCCACAGCCAAUGCGGCUAAAUAUUUGGCAAGCAAACCCGAUUUUUUAGUACCCUGUCAUUUGCAGGAUCCUGCUUUUAAUAAAUGUUUUGCCAAAAACUUUCAAGUAAUUUAUCGCGAGUGGAAGGAUGGCAUACCUGGUUUUAAAGCAGCUGGCUCAUUUGAUCCUCUGUAUGUGAAACGUGUUCUCAUUAGUCAAGAUCCCAAAAAUCCAGUGGCUCUUAAUGCUGAUCUGAUUAAUCUGGUGAUAACAGGUGCCAGCAAAAUGGAAGUUCAAGAAACUCUCUUCAAUCCAAAAACAUUAAAAACAAAGAUUAAAUUAUUCGUGCCUAAAUUACGUUUUGAUUCGGACUAUAAACUAGAUGGCCGCAUUUUAGGUUUAGCAUUGAAUGGCAAUGGCAAGGCUCACUUUGAAGUAGAAAAAUUUGUCUUGAUCCUUCACAUGCAACUGAAGCUACGUGACGAACAUGGUUUCACCUUUACCGAUGUUGAUCAGUUACAAGUGGAUAUUGCAGAUGUUGGUGGUUUUCGCAUACAAUUGGAUAAUCUCUUCAAUGGCCAAAAGGUUUUAGAGGACAGCACAAAUGCUCUGUUCAAUGAGAAUUGGCGCGAUUUUUAUACAAUUUUACGUCCUGCUAUAUUGGAAUCUGUUGGAGUGGUCAUGAAGGAUCGUUUGAGCAAGGCAUACGGUUAUGUGCCUGGCAACUAUUUCAUUGAAGAUUUACCAAGUGCUGCCCAACAUAGAGGUUAAUUUACAGUAUUUUAUAAGUAAGAAAUUAGUUGUAGAAAAUUGUGUUGGAAAGGGAACAUUUUUAAUUUCUUUUAUUUAUGAAAUGUGGAGCUAGGUAAUUUUUAAGCCUUUAAUUAAAAUAAGAUGCCAAAUAUUGUCAAAUUUAA